UAUACUGAAGUCCGAGGUCGCUCAGCUGAUCAUUGAAGGUAAGAGCUGAGAGAGAGUGAAGCUGCUGAACAGUCUGUUAGAACAACUACAACACUGGAACAAAUAGUAAGCCAGGGCUGAAAUAGUAGGAAAAAGAAGAAACAGGUGAACCAAGACAUGAAAUAAAAGUGAAUGGUAGUGUCUAGAAAGGGUAUGUCCCUUCAGGAGAGAGGUGCCAAUGUCCAACCGGCCUAAUAACAAUCCAGGGGGGUCACUGCGACGUUCACAGAGGAACACUGCCGGGGCCCAACUACAAGACGACGCUGCUGGAGGAAGGUUACAUUCAGAUCAGGCAAAACAAAAAGCAAUUUCUCCUCCUGAGAAUAGAAGACUUUUUUCUAAGGCAUCAAAAGUGCAGUCCAUCACUGCCUCUGGGCAAUCCAGAGGACACAGCUCUAGAAGAAGCUGCAUUUCUUCAUCGUCCUUGUUACUGCAGCAAGAGGAACCAGAGACAGCAAGUACUUCAGAGAGAGACAAAACGGGGCACCCGUCAAAGAGAGAUAGCUCCCGAGCAUUUAAGCGGAGUUCAAGCCCCGAGUUUAGCAGCACAUUCUUUCCCAGCCCUGCAAAAAAAACAAAAGCACUUCAAACUGCUGAAAACCCUUUGGAAUCAAAAAGAGUUCAGUCCAAGUCUAAGAAACGACAAUUGACUCAAGACCAGCAAAAGACACCUGACGAGUCAGCAUUGACAAGCAAGACUUAUAACAGAAAGAGUGGGGCUGGUGGGGGCUCCCCUACUCAAAAACGGAAAAAGACUGAGAUUUCCUCAAAUUCAAAUAGUGGUCCUGGUUGUCAAACAGCCUGUGCUGAGGAGAGGUCUGUAAAACCCACCAAGCUGGCUUCUAAAUCAGCGACAUCAGCCAAAGCUGGGUGUAGCACUGUUACAGAUUCGCCCUCUUCAGCUUCUACAUCCUCUUCAUCCUCCACUGCAACCUCUACCACCAUACCUCAGGGUGCCCGUGUGAAACAAGGAAAAGACCAGAAUAAAGCACGGCGUUCCCGCUCUGCCUCCAGCCCUAGCCCUCGUAGGUGUAGCCGUGACAAAGAGCAGAACAAAUCUGCUGGAUCCUCUAAAUUUGAGUGGGCUGCCCGUUUCAGCCCUAAAGUUAGCCUGCCAAAACCAAAACUGUCUCUGCCAGGGUCUUCCAAAUCGGAGCCAUCUAAACCUGGGCCUUCUGGACUUCAGGCUAAACUAGCAAGCUUAAGAAAAUCUCCAAAGAAACGCAGCGAGUCCCCACCAGCAGAGCUCCCCAGUUUACGGAGGAGCACACGCCAAAAGACCACGGGCUCCUGUGCUAGCACCAGUCGGCGAGGCUCUGGCCUGGGCAAACGAGGAGCAGCUGAAGCUCGCCGACAAGAAAAAAUGGCAGAUUCUGAUAACAACCAGGAUGGAGCAAACUCUUCAGCUGCACGCACAGAUGAAGCACCACAAGGAGCUUCAGCUUCUAGUUCCGUGGCUGGUGCUGUAGGAAUGACAACCUCUGGGGAAAGCGAGUCUGAUGAUUCAGAAAUGGGUCGUUUGCAAGCUCUCUUGGAAGCAAGGGGUCUUCCUCCACACCUCUUUGGCCCUCUUGGUCCUAGAAUGUCACAGCUUUUCCACAGAACGAUUGGGAGUGGUGCAAGCUCAAAAGCCCAACAGCUUCUUCAGGGUCUCCAGGCCACCGGAGAUGAAUCUCAACAACUCCAGGCUGUAAUUGAGAUGUGUCAACUUUUAGUCAUGGGAAAUGAAGAAACACUAGGAGGAUUUCCAGUCAAGAGUGUUGUGCCUGCAUUGAUAACUUUGCUGCAAAUGGAGCACAAUUUUGAUAUUAUGAAUCAUGCGUCCAGGGCUUUGACAUACAUGAUGGAGGCACUUCCUAGGUCUUCGGCAGUAGUGGUUGAUGCCAUCCCAGUGUUCUUGGAAAAACUGCAAGUCAUUCAGUUCAUUGAUGUGGCAGAACAGGCAUUGACAGCUCUUGAAAUGCUUUCACGUAGACACAGCAAGGCAAUCUUGCAGGCUGGAGGCUUGGCAGAUUGCUUGUUGUAUCUGGAAUUCUUCAGCAUUAAUGCUCAGAGAAAUGCACUGGCUAUUGCAGCAAAUUGUUGCCAGAGUAUUACCCCUGAUGAGUUCCAUUUUGUUUCUGAUUCACUGCCUUUACUUACCCAAAGGCUGACUCACCAGGAUAAGAAAUCUGUUGAAAGCACUUGCCUUUGUUUUGCCCGCCUUGUAGACAACUUCCAGCACGAAGAGAACUUGCUACAACAGGUUGCAUCAAAAGACUUGUUAACCAAUAUUCAGCAGCUUUUGGUAGUGACUCCUCCUAUUUUGAGCUCAGGCAUGUUCAUCAUGGUUGUCCGCAUGUUUUCUCUUAUGUGUUCUAAUUGUCCUUCUCUGGCUGUACAACUUAUGAAGCAAAACAUUGCAGAAACUCUAAGAUUUCUUCUGUGUGGUGCCUCAAAUGGCAGCUGUCAAGACCAGAUAGACCUUGUGCCACGUAGUCCUCAAGAACUUUAUGAACUAACCUCUCUCAUCUGUGAGCUAAUGCCUUGCUUGCCUAAAGAAGGUAUUUUUGCUGUGGAUACAAUGCUGAAAAAGGGAAAUGCUCAAAACACUGAUGGUGCAAUCUGGCAGUGGAGAGAUGACCGAGGUCUGUGGCAUCCUUAUAACCGAAUUGACAGUCGCAUAAUCGAGACAGCUCAUCAGAAUGGUGAAGAUGAGAUUAGCUUGUCCACCCUUGGACGUGUUUAUACUAUUGAUUUUAAUUCUAUGCAGCAGAUCAAUGAGGAUACAGGGACGGCACGAGCAAUUCAGCGAAAACCCAACCCUUUAGCCAAUCCCAGUGCAAGUGGACAUUUGGAGGUGAAGAAGGAAGAUGCAAGAGCACAGCUGAUGAAAGAAGAUCCAGAACUAGCUAAAUGCUUUAUUAAGACUUUGUUUGGUGUGCUGUAUGAAGUAUACAGUUCUUCAGCUGGUCCUGCUGUCAGACAUAAGUGCCUUAGAGCAAUUCUUAGGAUUAUUUAUUUUGCAGAUGCAGAGCUUCUGAAAGAUGUGUUAAAAAAUCAUGCAGUUUCUAGCCACAUUGCUUCUAUGCUUUCAAGUCAGGAUCUCAAAAUAGUUGUGGGGGCACUACAAAUGGCAGAAAUUUUAAUGCAGAAGUUGCCAGAUAUAUUCAGUGUUUAUUUUCGAAGAGAAGGUGUGAUGCAUCAAGUGAAGAACUUGGCUGAAUCAGAAACUUUUCUUAGUUGCCCCACAAAAGCUUGCACUAGUGGAACUGGAAGUCUUUGUACAACCACCAUUACUACAGCAACCACCGCUGCUGUUACUAAUGCUACGUCUGACCUCGGCUCUCCAAGUUUCCAACACAGCAUGGAUGACUCAUUGGAUCUUAGUCCCCAGGGUCGACUUAGUGACGUCUUAAAAAGAAAAAGAAUGCCAAAGCGAGGGCCUCGAAGGCCAAAAUAUUCGCCUCCAAGAGAUGAUGAGAAAGUUGACAAUCAAGCUAAGAGUCCUACAACAACACAGUCUCCCAAGUCCUCGUUCCUGGCAAGUCUGAAUCCAAAAACUUGGGGGAAAUUAAGCACCCAAACAAAUAGCACCAAUUCAGAACCUGCACGUACAGCUGGAGUCAGUGGCCUAGCACGGGUUCCUCCAAAAGAUUCAGUAUCCAACAACAGAGAUAAAAUUAAGGCUUGGAUUAAGGAGCAAGCAAGUAGAUUUGUCGAACGUUACUUCAAUUCAGAGCAUAUAGAUUCAAGCAACCCUGCACUGAAUGUACUACAAAGACUUUGCACAGCAACAGAACAACUCAACCUACAGAUGGAUGGAGGAGUCGAGUGCCUUGUAGAAAUUCGCAGUAUAGUCUCAGAAUCAGAUGUAUCAUCAUUUGAAAUCCAACACAGUGGAUUUGUAAAACAAUUGCUGCUAUACUUGACGUGUAAAAGUGACAAAGAUGCUGUGAGUAGGGAUGUCAGAUUAAAGAGAUUCCUACAUGUGUUCUUUGGCUGCCCGAUUACUUUCUCACCUCAGGCACUGGGACAUGAGGCAUAUGGACGAAUAGAGCCAUCAGACAAUGGACCGCUAAUGGCACUUGUGCACAAAAUGAACAACUGUCUUAGCCAGAUGGAACAGUUCCCUGUUAAAGUACAUGAUUUCCCUAGUGGAAAUGGGACUGGGAGCAGAGGAUCUCAGGCCUUAAAAUUUUUUAACACCCAUCAACUCAAAUGCCAGCUUCAGAGACAUCCAGACUGCACUAAUGUGAAACAAUGGAAAGGUGGUCCUGUGAAGAUAGAUCCUCUAGCAUUGGUGCAGGCAAUUGAAAGAUACCUUGUUGUUAGAGGUUAUGGGAGAAUUCGUGAAGAAGAUGAAGACAGUGAUGAUGAUGGUUCUGAUGAUGAAAUUGAUGAGUCUCUUGCAGCACAGUUCUUGAAUUCUGGAAAUGUGAGACACAGAUUGCAGUUUUACAUUGGUGAUCAUUUAUUACCUUACAAUAUGACAGUGUACCAGGCUGUUAGACAGUUUAGUAUACAAGCUGAAGAGGAGCGCGAGUCUACAGAUGAUGAAAGCAACCCCUUAGGAAGAGCGGGAAUUUGGACAAAAACCCAUACGAUCUGGUAUAAACCUGUUAAAGAAGAUGAAGAAGGCAGCAAAGAAAUAGUGGGAGGAAAAAGAGGACGUGCUCAAACGGCUCCAACAAAAACCUCUCCUCGUAAUUCAAAAAAGCAUGAUGAGUUGUGGCAUGAUGGUGUGUGCCCCACAGUAACAAACCCUUUAGAAGCUUAUCUCAUUUCAUCACCACCAGAAAGUAUUACAUUUGAGGACCCUUCUCUUGAUGUCAUUCUUCUUUUACGAGUUCUGCAUUCAAUAAGCAGAUACUGGUUUUAUCUCUAUGAUAAUGCAGUUUGCAAAGAGAUCAUUCCUACAAGUGAGUUUAUUAAUAGCAAAUUAACUGCCAAAGCAAACAGACAACUUCAGGAUCCGUUGGUUAUCAUGACUGGAAACAUCCCAUCAUGGCUUACAGAACUUGGAAAAACGUGCCCUUUCUUCUUUCCAUUUGACACUCGUCAAAUGCUUUUCUAUGUGACUGCCUUUGACAGAGAUCGUGCCAUGCAAAGGUUGCUGGACACAAAUCCAGAAAUCAAUCAGUCUGAUUCCCAAGACAGCAGAGUUGCACCCCGUCUAGACAGGAAAAAGCGCACAAUAAAUCGUGAGGAACUGCUUAAACAGGCAGAAUCAGUAAUGCAAGAUUUGGGUAGCUCAAGAGCAAUGCUGGAAAUUCAAUAUGAAAAUGAAGUGGGAACUGGCCUUGGACCCACGCUGGAGUUUUAUGCACUAGUAUCUCAGGAACUUCAGAGGGCUGACUUGGGUUUGUGGAGGGGGGAAGAAGUAACGCUGGCAAAUCCCAAAGGAAGUCAGGAAGGGACCAAGUACAUGUUUAGCUCAGGUGGCCUGUUUGCUGUUCCAUUUGGAAGAACAACAAAACCAGCACACAUAGCCAAGGUGAAAAUGAAGUUUCGUUUUCUGGGCAAGUUAAUGGCCAAGGCCAUAAUGGAUUUCCGACUGCUGGACCUUCCUCUUGGACUGCCGUUUUACAAAUGGAUGCUCCGUCAUGAGUCUUCAAUUAGCUCACAUGACCUCAUAAAUAUUGAUCCUGGAGUGGCAAAAUCAGUAAAUCACCUAGAAGACAUCAUUAGACAGAAAAAGAAACUAGAACAGGACCGGACACAGGUAGAGACACGGGAGUCACUUCAGCAAGCACUGGAAAGUCUUAACAUGAAUGGCUGUUCCGUAGAAGACCUUGGUCUUGACUUUACUUUGCCUGGAUUUCCUAAUAUUGAGCUGAAAAAAGGAGGCAAGGACAUUCCAGUAAACAUUCACAACCUGGAGGAAUAUCUGAGACUGGUGGUGUACUGGACGUUGAAUGAAGGAGUUUCUCGGCAAUUUGAAUCAUUCAGAGAAGGAUUUGAGUCAGUCUUCCCUCUCCAUCACCUUCAGUAUUUCUAUCCAGAAGAGCUUGAUCAGUUGCUCUGUGGUAGUAAAACUGAAACCUGGGAUGUAAAAACAUUGAUGGAGUGCUGUAGACCAGAUCAUGGUUACACCCAUGACAGCCGUGCUGUCAAGUUCCUCUUUGAGAUUCUCAGUAGUUUUGAUUCUGAACAACAAAGGUUGUUUCUCCAGUUUGUUACCGGUAGCCCAAGACUUCCUGUUGGAGGCUUUAGGAGUUUGAAUCCCCCUUUGACGAUUGUUCGCAAGACAUUUGAGUCUACAGAGAACCCUGAUGACUUUCUUCCCUCUGUAAUGACCUGUGUCAAUUAUCUCAAGCUACCGGACUAUUCCAGUAUUGAGAUCAUGCGAGAAAAACUUUUAAUAGCUGCUAGAGAGGGGCAGCAGUCAUUCCAUCUCUCCUGAUCAAAGUUAAAAUAAAAGAAAAAAACACACACACAAAAAAGAAACACAAAUGCCUUUUACAGAAAAAGAAGAAAGAAGUCAUGAUUUUUUUUAUCACCUUCAUUGAGGCAAUGUGUACAGCCGCCUUGUUGUAGAAAGCAGCUUGCAAAAUUUAAAGACUUGGCAUAUUUUGCUGCCCCUCUCCUAUAAACUGAAAGACAUUGCAUACCCCACUGAAGUAAUAGAAGACUAAUGAUAUUCAUAAAGGAAGAGUUCCAAUAUAAAGAGAAGUGGUCAUUUGAUGGGUGACAUUUUUAUCUUGCAUUGCCGUGUGGUAUUUAAAAAGGGAUUUUUUCAAGAUGGUGGAACAAUAAAUGUCACUGUGCAGUUUAAUACUGGGGUGUGUCUCUCCAACUAGCAAAAUCUCUAUAUAGUUUUGUUUUGUUCCAAAGAUGAUUUUGUACAGACAUACAUUUGCAGAAUUUGCUCAUAUAUCUAAUAGUUUAGCUUUAUGUAUGUUCACUCAUCAUUUUGCCCAUUUUAGUUUGUCCAUUUACAUUGUUUGUAUAAUAUGCCACAAGUUUGUGUGUUGUAUUUGGGUUCUGCUUUGUGUGUUAUUCUUGCAAACAGGGAGUUGUUACAGGUGGUUGAAUGCAGAUAGAAAUUACAGUCUAAAUUUACCCCUUAAAAUGUAAUCAAUCAAAAGAUGCUGUAUCAGCUAUUUACUUACAACUAAUUGUUGAAAAUCAUCCGCCUUUUUAAUUAGUUAUUUGUUUAUAGAUUUUGGCAUAGGUAGGUCUAUUUUGAUGAAUGCCCAGGGGAGGGUGGGAGUUUGGGGUCCAUGGAGCAAUUUGUUGAAGUGUAGGACUGUUUCUGGCUUGAAGGAUAAUGGCUAAGCUAAAGAAAAGAGAGCUCAGUUUUUUGCUUCUGUUCAAGAAAAUGUAGCUGGUCAGGCUUUUUUAUUUUCAAAUGGCCAGAUAUCAUUUCAAGUUAAAUGGAAGGGAAAAAGUUAAUUUGCUGUUUCAUGCCUUUGUUGGCAUUAAAAUAGCCACUUUUUCUAGUGUGUGUGUGUGUUUUUUUUUUUUUCCUUGUUUUGGGGAAUGGGAGGGACGGGGUCUUAUUCAUUUCUUAAAGUAGAUUUUUGGUUUUGUCUUCUUGUUUCUUGCACUUUUCACUUGAAACAAACAGUUGAGCGAUCUUAACGUGUGGAUUUAGGAUUGGGCACCUGUAAGCAAUGGUCUGUCCAACUGUUCAUGUGCUGGUUCUGCAAUCUGCAAUAAUUUACUUUAUCAGGUUAAUGUUUUUACCUGAACAUAAAUAAAAUAACUGUUUUGACUUGCA